AGAACAACAAAAGGAAGCGAAUUACCUUUUAAUGGUGAAAAUGUGACGCCACUUGACUAGGCGUCCAUCGAGUUUCAAAAUUGCAUCUUCCUCAAACACAAAAGAAUGGUACACAUCGAAAUUAGGGCCUUAUUUCGACAAAAGCACCAAAGAACAAAUACUCUAUUUGACGAAAGUGCCCACACGCGCCUAUGGCGUACAGCAGUGGCUGCCGCUUUUGUUCGUUGGAGUUCCUGAAUUAAUACCAUCACAAUGAAAUAACUAGGACAUUGUGUUGUUUUUAAACCAUUUACCCCACAUUUCUCAUGAUCAGAUUGGGUUUUAUAGGAUUAAUACAUCGAUCUGCAAUCGUCCCAUUUACCGAGGUGGAGUAAGAUAUUUUGCAGCACCCAAAGCUUCAGGAGCCCUGAGUAAUGUAAGCUUGAACAGCUCCUGUCCCAGCAGUGGCCAUCUGCACAAUGGGGCUGGACUUUGACGUGAAGACUUUCUGCCACAACCUCCGGGCCACCAAGCCCCCUUACGAGUGCCCCGUGAAGACCUGUCGCAAGGUCUACAAGAGCUACAGCGGCAUCGAGUACCACCUCUACCACUACGACCAUGACAACCCCACGCCUGCGCAGGCCAUGCCCCAGAAGAAGAGAAAGGGGCGCCCCCCUCGAAUGUCCCUGAUUGGGGACGGAGAGGGAGGGGUGGGAAAGGGAGGUGGGCUGGGCGGGCAGGGAGCGAACACCCCGGGGAGUCCUAACCGGUCUGAGCGCUCCCACUCCCCAGGCAGGGAGACGAUGACCUAUGCCCAGGCCCAGCGCAUGGUGGAGCUGGAGAUCCAUGGACGCAUCCACCGCAUCAGCAUCUUUGAGAACAUUGACGUGGUGUCGGAGGACGACAGCGGGGCCGAAGACCCUCCAUCCUCGGGUGGAGGGGGAUGUGGGGGAGGGGUGUGUAAUGGGGGAGAAAGCGGGGGAGGAGGGAGUGAGACGGGUGGCAAUGGCAAGGACAGGCAUGACACCCCGGCUGCUAACGCAGGGAAGGCCACAUCUAAGUCUGGGAAGCACAAGAGUAAAGAGAAGAAGAAGGAGGUAUCAUCGCACCACCACAGUUCUUCCUGUGGCCCGGCAGUCAAACUGCCUGAGGUGGUUUACAGAGAGCUGGACCAAGAGAGGCCUGACGCACCCACAAGACAUUCAUCCUACUACAGGUACAUAGAUAAGUCGGUAGAGGAGCUGGAUGAGGAGGUGGAGUAUGACAUUGAUGAAGAGGACUACAUCUGGCUGGACAUCAUGAAUGACAAGCGGCGUAGUGACGGGGUGACGCCCAUCCCCCAGGAGGUGUUUGAGUACCUCAUGGACCGGCUGGAGAAGGAGUCCUACUUCGAGAGCCACAACAAGAUGGACCCCAGCGCCCUGAUCGACGAAGACGCCGUCUGCUGCAUCUGUAACGACGGCGAGUGUCAGAAUAGCAACGUGAUCCUGUUCUGUGACAUGUGUAACCUGGCCGUACACCAGGAGUGUUACGGAGUGCCCUACAUCCCUGAGGGCCAGUGGCUGUGUCGCCGCUGCCUCCAGUCCCCUAGCCGGGCCGUCGACUGUGCCCUGUGCCCCAACAAGGGCGGAGCUUUCAAACAGACGGAUGACGCACGCUGGGCCCAUGUGGUGUGUGCCCUCUGGAUCCCUGAGGUGUGUUUUGCCAACACUGUCUUCCUGGAGCCCAUCGACAGCAUCGAGCACAUCCCCCCGGCGCGCUGGAAGCUCACUUGCUACAUCUGCAAGCAGCGCGGCUCAGGCGCCUGCAUCCAGUGCCACAAGGCCAACUGCUACACAGCCUUCCACGUCACCUGUGCCCAGCAGGCCGGCCUCUACAUGAAGAUGGAGCCUGUCAGGGAGACCGGUGCCAACGGCACCUCCUUCAGCGUCCGCAAGACCGCCUACUGCGACAUCCACACCCCGCCCGGCUCUGCACGCCCCAUCGGAGGGGUGGGAGGGGCUAGCAUGGUCUCCUCCCACAGCGAGGGCGAGCUGGAGGAGGACGAUGAGCCCAGUAUAGGUCACGAUGACGACUCCAAGGGCUGGAGCUCAGAGCGGGCCAAGAGGGCCAAGGCUAAGUCCAGACUGAAGAUGAAGAGAGCCAGGAAGAUACUGGCUGAGAAGAGGAAUGCCGCGCCUGUGGUAUCUGUGCCCUGUAUACCCCCACACAGGCUCAGUAAGAUCACCAGUAACCUGACGGUUCCCAGGAAAAGCCAGUUCAUGCAGCGGCUGCAUAGCUACUGGACCCUGAAGAGGCAGAGCCGAAAUGGAGUCCCUCUGCUGCGCCGGCUCCAGACCCACCUGCAGUCGCAGCGCAACACAGAGCAGCCACAGCCACAGCCACAGGCGCCAGAGUCACCGGUUACCGCGGUAACCACCACACAGGCUCUGUCUGGUGGUGUUAUCUCAGCGAGGGACAGUGAGGAGAAUGACUUGGCUCUGAAGGAGCAGCUGAAGGCAUGGCAGAGACUGAGACAUGACCUGGAGAGAGCCAGACUGCUGGUGGAGCUCAUCCGCAAGAGAGAGAAACUCAAGAGGGAGACGAUCAAGGUGCAGCAGAUGGCUCUAGAGAUGCAGCUGACUCCCUUCCUGGUCCUACUGAGGAACACCCUGGAGCAACUUCAGGACAGAGACACCAGCAACUUCUUCACUGAGCCUGUCCCUCUGGCUGAGGUGCCAGACUACCUGGACCACAUCGAGAGGCCUAUGGACUUCCAGACCAUGUGGAAUCUACUUGAGUCUCACUGCUACCUCAGUUUCGAGGCUUUCGAGGCAGACUUUGGCCUCAUUGUCAACAAUUGUCUCAAAUACAACGCCAAGGACACAGUGUUCUACCGCGCCGCUCUGCGCCUCCGGGAGAUGGGCGGGGCCGUGAUCAGGACCGCCCGCAGACAGGCUGAGCGAAUCGGCUUGGACUAUGACACAGGCAUGCACCUCCCCCGAGAGCCCAGCCCGGACAGCCAGCGUGACAGAGAGCGUGACAGAGAGCGUGACAGAGAGCGAGACCGGGAGAGGGAGCGGGAGAGAGAACGAGAGAGGGACCGAGAACGAGAGAGGGACCGAGAACGAGAGAGGGACCGAGACGGAGACCGGCCGCUGUCUUCCAAUGAGGAGGACCUGCUCUUACCAGAGAACCGGCGGCGGCUGCCAUUGGAGGAGCAGCUGUGUUUUCUGCAGGCGCGCUUUGAUGAGGUCAGCUCAGGGAAGCACAGCAUCGGUCGGUCGCGGCGGGCCAAAGCCCUGAGGAAAGAGAUGACGGUCAUCAAGAGGAAACUGGCCCACCAGAGAGAGGGGGGUUCGGGCACGGGGGGCAGGGACUCAGGGGGCGGAGGGGACAGGGGACCAUCCCUCCCUCAUCACCCCUCCUCCACGGGACGCCAUGACGAGGGGGAGGAGAGCAGCAGUCAGGAGAUCAGUGGCAAGGAUCUAAGUGCAUCGUCCUCGGCUCUAGCUCCAGAGGUGGGACGUCGUACCUCUGUCCUCUUCUCCAAGAAGAACCCCAAAACGGCCGGACCCCCCAAGAGGCCGGGCCGCCCCCCUAAGAACAGAGAUGCGGGGGUAAGCCCUAGUCCGAUAGGUCCCCCCCAACUGCCCCUCCUGUCCCCCCCUCGGCAGAGGAAGAGACCCCGCAGCCCUCACAGCAGCUCCAGCUCGGAGAGUGACAGUGACGACCUCCUUCCGAGUCUGCCCACUAACGGUUUUGUUGGGGGCAACCAGCCGGUGACAGAGAGUUUUCGGGUGUACAGGAACGAGAGGAGCCUCCCUCGGUCCAGCUCGGACUCUGAAUCCACCACGAGUAGCAGCAGCAGCGCUGCCUCUGACAGAACCAGUACCACUCCGUCUAAGCAGGGCCGGGGGAAGCAGUCGUUCUCUCGUUCCGCCUUCCAGGAGGACAGCAGUGAGGAGACAUCAGGGACAGAGAAUGACUCCUACUCUGUGGGAGGGUCACGCAGUGUCUCACACUUAGGGUGGGGCCGGGGCCGAUCAGGUUGUAGGAUGCCAUCAGAUGACUACUCUUCCCUUGAUGCUCUGGACCUGGUGUGGGCCAAGUGUAGAGGCUACCCUUCAUACCCUGCUCUGAUCAUAGAUCCUAAGAUGCCCAGGGAGGGGGUAUUCCACCGAGGGGUCCCCAUCCCCGUGCCCCCCCUGGAAGUCCUGAAGCUGGGGGAACAGAUGACCCAGGAGGCCCGGGAACACCUCUUCCUGGUUCUCUUCUUCGACAACAAGAGAACCUGGCAGUGGCUGCCGCGCUCUAAGCUGGUUCCUCUGGGGGUGGACCAGGAGCUGGACAAGGAGAAGAUGCUUGAGGGAAGGAAGUCAAACAUCCGCAAGUCAGUGCAGGUGGCCUACCACCGUGCCAUGCAGCACCGCAACAAGGUCCAGGGAGACCCCAGCAGUGACACCAGCGACAGCGACUGAGCACACACACACACACACACACACACGUCUUUGUUGGCCUCCUGUUGUAUUGAUAGGGUAUUAUUUUCAGGUCUGUGUGUUGAUUGAUAUACCCUGUGGCCUUGGAGAGCCAUAACCUAGCACCCAGCACACAGGAGAAUCAGUGUGCCGGUAUAACCUAUUGGAAAGCACAUGCGACAUCCUUUUCUCUCUCUCAGACACACACACACACACGUACGUUGUUGACACACACAGUGGUAUUUAAUCUGAGAUGUAAAAUAUGUAUUUAAGAGAAUUGAAACAAUAAGGGUAUUAAGAGGAUGGAAGACAAUGCUAUGCCCAGAAUCAUGAUGGAAAAUUGUCCUUGUGUGUGGUUGAUAUGAGGGUUUACCAGCUCCUGAAAAAUAGGAUCUGCAAACUGAGGGUUGUAAUCACACAAAUAUGUGCAUACACACUUGUAUACAGUUAGGUCCAAAGUGAUUGACACCCUUGAUAAAGAUUAGCAAAAAAUACCGUAUCAAAUAAAUAAUACAAAUACUCUGCGAUAUUGUAUGCAAAAAAUAUUCAAAAAUAUAUUUUUUUAUACUAAUACAAUUCCUCAGAGAAAGAGAUUUUGAUGGUGGCGGUAAAAAGUAUUGGCGCCCCCAUUUUCAAUUCCUGACCUUGCGAGGAUAAUGGCAGUGAGCCUUUUUCUAAAAUGUUUUCUGAGAUUGGAGAACACAUUGGGAGAGAUCUUCGACCAUUUUUUAUUUUAUGUUCAAUUCACCAUUUCUUUGUGGAUUUUGAUGUGUGCUUGGGGUUAUUGUCUUGCUGGAAGAUUCGCUUGCGGCCAAGUUUCAGCCUCCGGAGGCAACCAGGUUUUUUGGCUAAAAUGUCCUAGUACUGGGUCAAUUUGACCGUAACAAGGGCCCCAGGACCAGUGGAAGCAAAAUAGCCCCAUACAGUCGAAGAUCCACCACCAUAUUUUACAGUAGGUAUGGGGUUCUUUUCUGCUCACGCGUCCUUAUUUCGAUGCCAAACCCACCACUGGUGUACGUGGCUAAAGACCUCUAUUUUACUCAUCUUUAUCAAGGGUGCCAAUCAUUUUGAGCCUGACUACAUUCAAACAGGGAAAUGCAUACACACUCACACAAAGCUCUUCUCAUACGAAAAUAUACACACACCCCAUUGUGUGCACUUAUGGUUUGACACUACCACUGGUCCAGCAACCCCUCUGCCGCCGCCCCCUCUUACCCUAUGUCCAAUCACGGCCCAAUGGAGCGCGGGGUCGGAUGGCAUGGUAAACAACUGAGCAAAUCAUUUCCCUCUGUUAUUUAUUCCGUCUCCCAAGGACCUCCAGUCUUCUCUCCACUAGUCUUAACUGACCGUCUUCACAACAUUGCAUUGUGCAGUCGUUUUCUCUACUCUUACUUUUUUUUUUUUUUUUGUCGUCUCUGUUUACAUCUCUUUUUGUUCUCGUCCGUUGUACAAUUCUGUCUGCUGGUGAAUAAUGAGGACUAAUGUAAAUGUGGAUAUGAUGAAACACGCCAGCCUCACUGUCUGUUCUAGUCUCAGGCCAAUGGCUUUAGAACUUUUAUAUAUACAGAUUACAUAAGAUAGAAGUUUAAUAAAAUAAUUGAGUUUUGUA